GUCCAAUCCAGUGUAGCCGCAUAAAGUGACGCUGUAACAAAGUUUGCACGAGUGGAAGACAUCGGAAAUACACGGGCUCACAACUGCCGUUCGACAGACUUCCUGCCCACCAACAAUAAGGCGGACACCGUCCAAUGGCAGCCAACUGUGGACAUGCCACCGCCCUGGUUACCAUGGCAGCCGGAAGUGCCAACCUGGAAAUGUGUCGUCAGUGCCUCCGUGGCGAACCCGGAAGUGUCGCGUUGCCGGGAGACAUGGCGCUGGCUGCUGGGGCAGGAGGAGCGGACGCUGAGCGGGACAUGAAGCCACAGCCGGAAGGAAAGGGGGAGCCCGGGGCUUCGCCCGGUAAAGCUGCGGGAGACCGGGGAAACCAGCGGCUCAAGUACCUGAGUCUGGCCGUGCUGGUGGUACAGAACGCCUCCCUGAUUCUCAGCAUCCGAUAUGCCCGCACCCUGCCAGGAGAGCGCUUCUUCUCCACCACCGCUGUGGUUAUGGCUGAGAUCCUGAAGGGCAUCACUUGUCUGCUGCUCAUGCUGCUGCAGAAAACAGGUAAUGUCAAGGAGCUGACUCUGUUCUUGUAUGAUGCCAUUGUUGUGCAGUACAUGGACACCCUCAAGCUGGCAGUGCCCUCUCUGAUAUAUACCCUCCAGAACAAUCUCCAGUACGUGGCCAUCUCUAACCUACCUGCAGCCACUUUCCAGGUGACCUAUCAGCUGAAGAUCCUGACGACAGCCUUAUUCUCGGUGCUGCUCCUAAGGAAGAGCCUGACGCGACUGCAGUGGGGAUCCCUGGUGAUCCUGUUUGCUGGGGUGGCCAUUGUUCAGGCUGAACAGUCCGGGGGCAAGGAAAGUGUGGCUGACAGUGGUCAGAGCUAUGUGGUGGGACUGGUGGCGGUGGCCAUCUCCUGUCUGUCCUCUGGCUUUGCAGGAGUGUAUUUUGAACGGAUCUUGAAGGGCAGUUCUGCGUCUGUGUGGCUUCGAAAUGUUCAGUUGGGAAUCUUUGGAACGGCAUUAGGGCUACUGGCAAUGUGGCAACAGGAUGGAGCUGCAGUGGCCGAGCGUGGCUUCUUUCACGGUUACACGCCACUUGUGUGGUGCGUCAUCUUUAACCAAGCCUUCGGGGGGCUGCUUGUGGCUGUGGUAGUGAAAUACGCAGACAACAUUCUGAAAGGCUUUGCCACAUCUCUGUCUAUUGUGGUAUCAACAGCGGCCUCGGUCCAUCUCUUUGGCUUUCAUGUAGACAUCCCUUUUGCAGUUGGAGCUGGGCUAGUGAUUGGUGCCGUCUAUCUCUACAGUCUCCCCCGGAAACCAGAUGCUGCUUCUUCGUCCAGUUCCCAGAAUUCAUCUCAAGCCAAUACCUUCCUGCCAAAGUCAGUGCUCACCAAUUGAACCUACCUCUGGGCUCCUCUCCAAGUACUGACAAGUCUGACUGGGCUUUAAUGGGAGGUGGCAAAGUGGGCAAGUUCCAGGGGUGGGGCUCGUGCUGCUGCUGCUGCUGCUCUCUGAUAACAUCUUGCUGCUCUCCUACUAACAUGACCCCAAAGUGGAACACUACUGGCACAUACCCGCUCCAGACCAAAUUCUAGUAUUGGGAGGAUGGUACUGGUCGCUGUGUAUGAGGUGGCCAAGAUAUAUUUGUCUAAUUAUUUCUACAUACAAUACAUUGUAUUUCAUAUACACACACAAACACACGGGCAUUGACGUCAUUUAUUGAUAUAUAAGAACAGGCCAGCACAGUGAAUGUACUAAGCUAGGGCAUGCUGUGGGUUUCUGUCAUACCCCAUAAACUUAAUGCUGGAAAGGAUUCAAUGUAUGAGACCCCGUCACAUGACCUGCAGUAUAGAUAAACCCUCAUGGGCUAUACCAAGGUGAGAUUGUUUGUUCAAUAGCAGGAACUAUGCAGCAGCCUUCCUUCUAGUAGUGACAAGUGUAAUCAUGAGAAUGCACCAGCCACUCUCUUCACUCCAUGAUCACUACUAGACUAGACUGAAUGAGACUGCCCCCUAAUGACUAAAGAGAGAAGCCUCCAUCUGCCGCCUCUUGGUAAAUGUGGCAUAAACCUAAAAACGUAUAUUCUAAUCACUGCAUGUCUUUGAUUUGAGUACAAAAUGUUGUGCAGUGAGAUCAUUUCUCAUACCUUGUGCCAAAGGGCCCCCCCCCACAUUAGGAAUGGGCUGCUGCUGCUGCUGCUGCUGCUAUGGGUGAAGGAACACAAAACAUAUGAUUUGAAAUAAUAUUUGCAAGGGAGGGGAGAUUCUUUCUAACAAAAUGUGCAAGGGUCACAGUCAGGGCAAAGGGCUUAUGGGUACAUUGAUAGGAGGGGGUGUAACCAUCAAUGUGCCACACCUACCAGGAAUCCAUUCUUUCCCACCCAUGGCUCUUAUCUUGCAUGAUGUUUAUGUACUAAAAUAUUAUUGUACAAUAAAAGACUUUUGUAUGGCCA